UUUGAGCGCUUUCCAACAGGCAGGACUCUCCCUGCUGCUGCGGCGGCGGCGGCUCAGCCAGAGCCCAAGCGCAGGGCGGGCGGCGGCGACUGGCUGCAGACGCCGCUGCCCGGCAGCCGAGCCCGGCGGGGCGAUGAAGGGGCGGCGGUGGCGGCGCUGGCAGCACCGCCGCCUCGCCCUGCUGCUGGUGCUCUACACGCUGCUGCUGCUGCUCCUGGUGCCCUACGUGCAGGACUACGGGGCCCGGCGGGGGCGCGGGGCGGAGGAGGCGCCGCUGCAGCCCCGCUGCCCCAGCCUGCAGGAGGCGCUGGGCGAGUGGGGCUGGGAGGAGGAGAAGGAGGAGGAGCAGUCGCCGGAGGGCGAGGGGGCGGCGGCUGGCGGGAGCGAGGCCGGCGGCGGCGGCGGCGGGAAGCGGCACAUCUACCUGCACGCCACCUGGCGCACGGGCUCCUCCUUCCUGGGGGAGCUGUUCAACCAGCACCCGGACGUCUUCUACCUGUACGAGCCCAUGUGGCACCUGUGGCAGGCCCUGUACCCGGCCGACGCGCUCAGCCUGCAGGGCGCCCUGCGCGACAUGCUCCGCUCGCUCUUCCGCUGCGACUUCUCCGUGCUGCGCCUCUACGCCGCCCCGCCCGCGCCCCGGGACCCGCUGGCCCCUCCGGCCCCGGGCGGCGGCGGCGCCGCCAACCUCACCACGGCCGCCCUCUUCGGCUGGCGGACCAACAAGGUGAUCUGCUCGGCCCCGCUCUGCCCGGCCGCCCCCUGGGCCCGCCACGAGAUCGGCCUGAUCGACGGCGCCGCCUGCGAGCGGAGCUGCCCGCCGCGGGGGCUGCGGGAGCUGGAGGCCGAGUGCCGCAAGUACCCGGUGGUGGUGAUCAAGGACGUGCGGCUGCUGGAGCUGGGCGCGCUGCUGCCGCUGCUGCGGGAGCCCGGCCUCAACCUGCGGGUCAUCCAGCUCUUCCGCGACCCCCGCGCCGUGCACAACUCCCGCCUCAAGGCCAAGCAGGCGCUGCUGCGGGAGAGCAUCCAGGUGCUGCGGAGCCGGCACCGCGCCGAGCCCCGGGGACUCCCCCGCCGGCAGCUCCUGCCCGCGGCCGGGCUGGGCGGCGGCGGCGGCGGGAUGCGGGCGCAGCAGCAGCACCGGGCCGAGUUCUUCCUGAGCGGCGCGCUGGAGGUGAUCUGCCAGGCCUGGCUCCGCGACCUGCUCUUCUCCCGCCGCGCCCCGGCCUGGCUGCGCCGCCGCUACACCCAGCUGCGCUACGAGGACCUGGUGCGGGAGCCCCGCGCCCAGCUGCGCCGCCUGCUGCGCUUCGCCGGCCUGCCCGUGCCGCCCGCCAUGGAGAGCUUCGUGCUCAACAUGACCCGCGGCGCCGCCUACUCCUCCGACCGGCCCUUCCUCAUCUCCGCCCGGGACGCGCGGGAGGCCAUCCACGCCUGGAGGGAGCGGCUCAGCCAGGAGCAGGUGCGCCAGGUGGAGGCCGCCUGCGGCGAAGCCAUGAGCCUCUUGUCCUACCCGCCCAGCGCCGAGCCCGGCGGCGGAGCCCGGGAGGGGGACAGCAGGUAGCGGCUGCCUCGUGGACGGGACAUGCAGCUUGAAUUGCAGACAUUGGAAGGAUGCGUUACUGUAACAGCCAAGGACUGAAGAAAAAAUCAUCCCUGAAGAGACUACAUUCCACAUCCUUUCAGAACUUCAGUUUAUGCUAACAACUGUACAGUUUUGCAUAGCAGAACAAAUUCUAAUCACCUAAAACAGGUGGACAUGACUUCAUUUCCAGUAAGGAUAUGACGGUGCAAUAUGGACAACUAUGAACCUCCAAUAUGGAGUGGUUUAUUUUACAAUUUGAAGCUGCCAGUCUAUGGUCAAUUGUAGGUGCUUUUUAUGGCAAUAAGGACACUUAAAUUUUUAAAGUUACUGACAAUACGUGGACAAAUCAUCUACCAUUGCAAAAACUCAGUAUUUGCAAGCGUGGUAGUUUACACUUCAGUAUUGUAGCAAAGUUUUCACAGAUCUAGGUGGUGAGUUUUUUCUAAGUGCUCUGCUUCCCCACCCUGUAACUGGGAAUUAUUUUAUCCUAAUACCAGGGCUGUGUUUUUAGAGUUCUGAAUACAGUAAAUUAUAUAGUAAGUUGUGAGUUUGAUUAUACAACCCCCCCCCGGGGGGGGGGGCGAACAGUUGAAGUGGUGCUUCCGUUUCUACUGCAUUGUGACCUAAUUCACAGAAAGCACAGUAACACCACACCAUACUCUUACAAGAAACUACACAGAAACCUCUGUUUGUUUGGGAGGGGAAAAAGUUCAGGGCUGAUCACUGGUGUCAGUUGGUAUAGCUGAGGUUCUGACCCCUUAUGUUAAGCUCUUACUGAAAUGCCAAGCUAAAAUCCACUUCAAGUUUGCCUAUAACGCAUACCUUAAAUAAUCCUUUGGUGCUGAGAGCUGGGAUUUCCACAGUGCUCAUUGUUAAUGUACUGUAUAGACCUUUUAAAAGAAUGCUAAGGCUAUGGGGCAUUUGUUCAAUGUGAUCUGGGUUUAAUUUAGCUCCAGAUUUAAGUCUUACAAGGAGCUUGUUUUACAAAAGCUAGGACUAAUAGAAUAGAAUUCCCAUAGAAAGCUGAUGAAUUAGCCAUUCCCUAUACAGCUGGAAAUCCUUUCAUUGCAGCUUUGUUAUGGAAUGCAAAGCUGAAAUGGACAUUUGCAUUUCUCUGUUUGGACAAGCAGGCCAGGUCUACAUUAGAAAUGUUUACCCGCAUAGCAGUGCCUGUUAAGGCUGUGGAUUUUUUGACACAUUUCCAUGCCUGCAAAAGCCUUAGUGUAGACAGUUAUAUCGGCAUAAGUGCUUUUGCUGCUCUAGCUUAUUUCAGUCACUGAACCUGUACAUAUGUAUCAGAAAAGUGCAGACUAGGCCUCAGUCACUCUAGCUGAACUUCUAACAGAGAGCAGUAACUUACCAGUAAACUUAAGAUUUUAAGUGGUGGUAAUAGACAAGGAAUGUUUUAAAAAAAAAAAAAAAAAAAAAAAAGAGCCUGACAGCAUACCAUGGACCUGUCCUUUUGUGCCUAGAUGCUUGUGGACAGGAGUCACUCUGUCAUGAUUUUGAUUGUUACAAACGUCAGUGCUCAGUGACAUCAGUAUAGAUUAGUCAGUAGAUCAAAUAGAGUAACUUGCAGAGGAAACAGCAUGGUGGCAUGCAAUAUGGAUUCAAAUGUGUCCAGCCUUGAUAUGCACUGUGUGCGCACAACAGUGUUUUGAAAGAUUCCAUAAAUAGAUGCACACUCACCAGACUAAGAUUAGCAAAUCAGAAGUCAUCAUUCCAUAGUAAAUACUGACUACUUUAAGAGUUUGGUUUGUGUACCUUUGGGCAGCUGUUCUUUGAACUCUUCAGAAACAAUCUGCAGUGUAAUUAAAGCCACUUUCUUAACUCUGACAUGUACAUGUGAGCCACUGUUGAAGUUUACAUUUUUUCUAUUUCUUACAUCAAGUGGUGGAAGGGGAAGAGUUGGUACUGAAAGUAAAUUCCUCAUGUUGUCCCCUUAAUGUAUUUUGGAUCCUGCAGUCCUUCCCCUGGCAAAAAAUGUACUGAAGUUCAAUGGGAAUUCUGCUGAAUUUAGGACUUCAGCUUUAAGCACAGCAUAACUGUUUCUGGCAGUAUUUCUGUAUUAAAACUGCAUGUCUAAGCCAUUUAUUUGGCUUUAUAAUUUACCAGUUCCUUCAAAGUUUCCCUCUUUUGGGAUGUAGGCUUAUUUUUUCUAUAUUUUAUUUUACAAAAUGGCAUUAAAACCCCAUCUUAGAGGCAUUUGGAUUUUUAUCAGAUGGAAUCUUAAACUUUCUUCCACAAGCUUAAAACUUACAAUACAAUGAAAGGAUAUUAAGCUACAUCACAUUGAAAAUACUGUUUUAGUAAGACAGGGUUGCAAAUACAAGAACAAAUCCUCUUUCUAAAUGUCCUCUGGCCCUACAAAGUACACUGGAUAUAUGAGAAGUGUGCUCUUGUUACUGAGCUGUUCUGGUCUGCUGCUUCACUCCCCUGAAGUUUGAACUGGAUCUUUCUAAGAUGUGAUAUUGCCUUCCUUGGAUUCCCCCUCCCACCCUCUUCUUUCUGUUCUCUGAGACUUUAGUCCAUAUACAUGAAGGGUAUUACUCCCACUACUCCCAUCCCACUGAGCCUCCCUGGCCUGUAAGCUGAAUGUUUUGAGAAAGUAAAUGGCUACUAGAUGACUCAUUGAAUACUGAUUUCGCUCUGACAGGCCUUUUUCCUAUCUUACAAGCUUAACUUCUCAUGCUUUAACUUUUUUUUUCAUUCAAGCACUUAAAUUCCAUUCUCACUCAUGUGCAGAAGCAGGAAUUCUGCCAAAAUGGAGUUGGAGCAAGUUAUUAGUGGUGAGUUACAACUUCAAAACAAAAGUUCCAAAAGGCAACACUGAACCUUUCUCUGAAGGGCAUUAGAAUGAGUGUAGUGUUCUCAGGUUUACUGUGCAGAAUCAGCCUCCUGUAACCAAGAUACUGGAUUUUUUUUAAAUGAAUAACUACUUCUCUGAUCAUUAGUGUCUGAAGCAAGAUUGCAGGUUUUGUUAAAUUGAAAUUAUGUUUCAAUGGGGCUAUGUGCUGCAUGUGUAAGCUUAUAGAACUGGGCUCUGUGGUGGUUAUAGGUAGAGCUGGUGGCACCAUCUAUUAAGGUUACCCAACACUUCCCAUUAUAAGACCCUGUUUUUAAUUGUUAUCUUUUGCCAAACGGUAAGCAUGUAGGCUAAAAUGUUCCAUGCUGGGCAUCUACCUCAGUUUGAAAUCUUUUUAGAAAAUUUCACCAUGAUGGUUCAGCUGUUUUAGAGAAUGACAGUGGGAGGGGGGGAAAAUACAUUUUUCACUAUUCAAAAUUCUAGUGACCUCUUGGAGAAAUUAGAGCCCCCAUCCUGUGGAGCAAGGACUUUAAAUUGGGCAGAGGCUGGGCCUUUGUAUUAGGCUGUGCCUUUUACCAUCCCCAUGAAAGUUUGUCCAAAGGUAACCAAGUUAUAUACACCUUUCAAAAAUGGCAGUUAGCACAUGCUCAUACUUAAAUUUUAGCAGCUAAAAUCUAAAGAUUCUCUCCUUGCUUAGCAUGUUUGAGCCUCUCACAGCCCCUAGCAUCCUGGUCAAUCCCCACAAAGCAUGCUCCCUCCCCCUCACACUACAUGGCAAAGGCAGAUAUUUCCUUGUAACUGCUGCUCCUGCCUGUUCUAGGCUAGGCACUGGAACUGGGGGAAUCUGUCUUUCCUUUACUCUGUGACCCCUCUGCUGGUACCCAGGCAGCAUGCAGGAGGAAGCACUCACCUGCGUGAAGUCAGUCAAUGGGAGCUGUACUUUGA